AUGCAGCAAGCGUUAAUUCAACGCGGUUUAGAACCAUAUAUUUCAUAUGAAAUUGCACGAAACGCGUUUAAAAUGAUAUCAAAAGAAAAGCAAAACCCAAGUCAAUCAACAAUCACAACAUUUGAUGAUUUACCAAGCGACGUUCUGCUUCUUCUCUUCGAAUAUUUUCAUGUUAUCGAACUAUUUUGCACUUUUUACAAUUUAAAUCUAUUCAUCAAUCGAAUACUCGGUGAUAAACAUUUGUUUCUACAUGCGGAUUUAACAACUAAUUCAUCACUUAAUUAUUUUUGUUCAUUUAUCCAAUCUCGAAUUUUUUCAGCACAAUUGAAAUCAAUGAAAUUAACUAGUAAUUGGAUAGAAUAUCGAUUUUAUUUAAAGCGCUUUGGAUCAGUUCAAGCAUUAACAUUAAUCGAUAUAAAUUCUGACCAAGUAUGCACAAUAUUACGCGAACAACAAGAGCAAUUACAAUACUUAAAACUGAUAUAUAAUAGGCACAUGAGACAUCAGUUAAGUGCAGUUAUUGAAAUAAUACGAAAUAAAUUACAGCUACCGAUGUUGAAUACUUUGAUAAUUGAUCAUGAUAGGGAUGUGCAUUAUUUUCUUUCGGAUCAAAUACGAUCGCUAGCUGCAUUGCCAAAUGUUGUUCGUUUAUCUGCUGAAUCAGAAUACCGUUUAACUUGGAUGAAUUCAGAUUUGAAUAAAUUGUCAUUCGUAGAUCUAUGGAAAUUCUACGGUUUAUCGCAUCGCUUUAAAAGAUUUAAUAGCACAAUACCUCUCGAACAUUGGCAACGAAAAGAGCAACGGACACAACAGAGGCAGCAAUUCAAUGAGAGGAGAAAACAAGAGAUGCAAAGAAAGACGCCAAAAAUACAAAAUCAGAGAAAAACAGAAUCUAGAAGAUACAAUUGA